GUUUGUGACGGCUAUAAGAGAGCUGACAGCAGCAGGUGGAGCAUCAAACAGGUGAACGUUAUUAUUCUCAUGUUUCCACCCUGUCUCCUGUCAGCUUGAGCACUCCACUGUGCCAGACACAUCAGUGAGGUACAGUACCGUCUAUUUGUCUUUGUGCCGUCAUCAUGUGACAGUCGGUAUGAGAAGUAUGCCUGACAGACUUUUCUUUCACUUCUCUGUUCACGCUGUGAAAUUUUUGUUUCUCACGACUGUGUCUUCUAUUGCCAGGCGGCUUUGUAUGCAUGUCAGCAGAAAUGGAGACGAUGUCUUACGUGAGUGAGGCCAGGCUGAGUGGAGGUCGGGGGGUCUGGAGCAGCAUGCCUGCUCCUUCCUCCUGCCCAGAGGUCAACCUGGAGGACAUCGAUGCCUACCUGCAAGAGCACUUGCAGGAGGUCCAGCCGGUGCACUCGUCCCCAUCAGCUCUGUGCAACAUGGCGCCGCAAGUGCAUGCAUACUCGUACCAUGACACCAGGAUUAUAGAGAACAGCUGGUCAGGUCAGCAUGCAUAUGAAUGGCACUGUGGCUCUGACACACUGAGCACAGACUGUGAAGAGCAAGCUCUGCCUCUAGCCUGGGCCAGUCCCCAUGACAACCAAUGGGACCACGUUCCAUAUUCCUACGAGACACCCAUAUAUAUUGACUCAGACUCCCAGUCUUGUGGCUCCCACUACCAGGAAUACCAUUAUUCUCCAUCACCGUCUUCCGACAGUGGAAGCAGAAAGAACAAAAACAUGCCUCUCACUCCACUAUUGGGUAAGAGGAAGGAACGGUUGUUCCAGUUCCUAUUGAGAUGCUCCAGACACCGUCUAUGCGGGCUGCAUCUGGUGGGUCCAGUCUUCCUCCGGUACAUUCCAGUUCUCUUCCCAAAAUAAAGAGCAGCUAGCACAGCUGUGGGGCCGCCGAAAAGGUAAUCGCAAGACCAUGACCUACCAGAAGAUGGCACGGGCUCUGAGGAAUUACUCUCAUACAGGCGUGAUUCAUAAAGUAAAGAAGAAGCUUACCUACCGGUUUGAUGAGGACACACUGAGAGGCCUACAAGGAGAUACAAACACAGCUGAGGAAUCAUGAUUGGGGUAAACAAUAGUAACAAAUAGCACAACACAAUGGAUUGUCUGAGUGACUUAAGCUACAGUGUGUAGGAUUUAGGGUGUUUAUGAGCAGUUCAAGGUGUUUCAUAAGCUCAUAAAGAUCCCUUCAUCUCUACAUGCACUGAAAACUUUUUAAAAACACCUAAAUUAUUAGUUAUUGAUAUUAUUAUAUGUUGAACUUAAAAUAUAAAUUACUUUGAAACUAAGCUACUUACUUAGAAAUAAUAAAGUUAGGUGCAACACAGACCAAGGGAAUAUAGUACCAAGAGGCAACACUCAAUAGAACACCCCAUAGCAACAGAUUCCCCACAUUUCUUUGUUCUGCCGAGGCCAUGUUGGACUCUUUUAAACAAAUCACACCUACUUUGAAUAAGUAAAUAAGUACAUUAUACAUGAGUCGCCUUAACACGUCAUAACUGCAAUGAGCCAACACGUUCGACCAUACAGUCACUUUCACUUUUGGUGUCAAAUCUAAUGUUAAUAAUACGUUUGACAUCACAGAUGUAAGCAUAUUACAGAUGAUUGAAUAUACGCCAGAGUCAAACCAAACUGUUUGUGCAAACUGUACACAUCCAUAAAAUGAUCUGAUGUAUUGACACCAUUGUGACUUUACUGAGAAAUCAAAGCUGAAAUUGGAAUAUUGUGCUUUAUUCCAUUCACGUUGGUCAUCAGAGUGUGAGUUUUCUGAACUGUGGUUUAUUUUUCUGUAAGAACCCAAUGCUGUUAAUGUCUCUAUUUCUAUUCUAAGCAAAUCCACAGCCAGUGAACAGGAAGAGCCUGUAUUUUUUUUUAUACACAAAACAAAGUUUACAUCAUUUGAAGGAGACAUGUUGGCAGCACACAGAGUAAAUAAUAUAUGUAUAAAAUAUAUAAAAUAAUCUGACCCGUUGACAUGGUUCUCUCCAGGAAAAAAAAAAUAUCACAGCUUGAUGAAAACUAUCGACAUAAGAUGUCUGGAAGUACUUUAAUUCCUUAUCGUGAAAUUGCGUGUGAAUAACCACUGUGUUUUUAAGAAAUCCCUCUGUUUUAUCAGGGUGCGUUCUCAGCUGCCAACAAGUAGAAGAUAAAUCACUUAUUUUAAGACUGAAAGUCUUUUCUGGUAGUUAUUUUAUUGGGUCACAACGGUCAACGUUCACCACGGUUAUCAUCAUGUCUUCAAUAUUCUGUUCACAAUGAAAAUAAACCCCAGUAAUGAUCCAUCACGGCCAAAACUAGUAGUUAAAUUACACUUUGUGAAUGCUAAAUUAUCACUCAGCAGUCCAAGAUGGCGGCAGCGGUUCCACAGCACCACCGUUUGACUGUUGAUAAAGUGCUUGGAGUGUCAUCUCGUGGUACGCUAUACUCUUUGGGAAACUAGAUACUAGAUUCUGCUAAACCCUACACACCGUAGCUUUACGAUGGAUGGAUUCUGCUGGAUUUCAACCGUUGGUUUUACUUUUUAUGGGUAUUUAAUGAAUACUAAGUAUUGAAAAGCCAGGAGAGACAAAGGGUGCACAACCACGGGGUCUGAGGGGCAGGGCCAUGGUUUUCUUUUAUAUUUAUUUUAAAUUAAUUAUAUGCACUGAACGGUUACCUGGGCUUUAAAAAAUUAUAAUGUAAAUCUAAAAGGUUGUCACAGUACAUCUACUUCAUAAGUAGAAUCCUAAAUUAUCCUCAAAAUGGAAGUUGUUUUCUUGUUUUUUGUCAUUCUGUAUUGUUUGAUAUGAUAUUGUAUACAGUUUUUUAAACAAAUCUGUGAAAAAUUGCCUUGAUAUAAUAAAGCUGAUUGUGAAGGUA